CCUCAAAAAUCGAUUGAUGGCUUCGAUGUCUCUGAAUCGCUUUCCUUCGAGCGAUUUUGAAUUUUUGAAAAAUGCCGAAGGACUGGAAGUACCACAAGGCUGAGGUGGAACGACUAUACAUCAAGGAAGGAAAGCCACUGGAACAGAUUCGGGAUAUUCUGCGUGAGGAACAUGGGUUCAAUGCAUCCAUGCGGGCGUAUCGUAUGAGAAUUGACAAUUGGGGACUGGAUCAGAAUAAAUAUUCCAAAGGUUCUCUACAAUCACGAUGGAAAUCUCCUCAACUUUCGAUCAGUACUGGCCCUAUUUCCCAAUCCGAAUCCACAACACCACUCGAUGGACUCAGUACUGGAGACGACUUACGCCCACCAACACAACAAAACACACCAAGCCCUAUCCGCAAGGAACGAGGUCCAUUUGAUGUGAUAUCUGCGUUUCAAACGCUGCUAUCAAAAUGGCAACCACGUACUGAGUCGGCCUUGCUAUGUUUUCAACAUCCGGAUUUCGACGAGUGGGCGAAGAAGUCAAACGACAGCAAUGGACCCAUUCUGUUCAAACUAAUCGAAGCACUUGUUCCCCAAGAGGAGCAAUUCCUGCUAUACAAACGCUUUCUGGAGGCGGAUCUGUUGUCACAAAGCGAUCAUGAUUACCCGUUUACUGCAUGGAGGUGCGCUUGGAACUUGAUUUUACGUUGCGAUGACUUGGAAGAAGAUGAUAAUGAGUGCGAGGUUACUUAUUGUUCCGAGGAUUGGGAACGGGCGAAGGAGCUGCUGAGAGAAGAUGGGGUUAUUUCACAGGUUGCUGGUCAGGCCUUUCUCGACUGUGCUCUCGUCGUAGUAGCAGAACGACGCCUUGAAAUCUGUAAAAGAGAUCCUCACCACUGGAAUCGACGAAAAUACCUGGACAUCUUGAAAGACUUCCGACACUCAGAUAUAGACGUCGAUCCGUCUUUCUACAAACAUUCGCUUCAGAUCAUUGAAGUCGAGGAGUUGGAAAAUUCACAACAGUCGUUACGGAAACGUGCUGAUCUGGCCGACGAAUAUCGCCACAAAUAUCUUCAACUAAUGAACCACUACGCUUUUAUGAAAAGGAGGGUGGGCCAGGCGGCCGGCAUACCUCUUGACGCUUCAACUCCUUCUCAAGCCCAGGCUGCAGCGGAGCAGUAUCCCAGUCCCGACACAGCAACCAUUUGUCCUUCCGCCAAUGGAAAUCCUGAGUGCGCACCGGUCGCAACCACUCGCGAGGUCUUCGAACUCCUCGUCAACAAAUGGAAAACACUCAACGACUUCACAGAAUACGCUCACUCCAUCAUUACCAGCGACGGGUGGGCCAUAUCUAUUUUCGAGCCUUCCCCUGUUGGUGGGGACAAUCUCUUCGACAUCAUCCAGGCCGACACUCCCCCCGCCGAGCGAGUUCCCCUUGUCACUGCCCUCCUCGUCGCCUUCUCCAGUAUAAAUCUUACACGGUUCUACUCGCCUUGGUUCUUGCACUGGUGGACAUCGGUGUAUGCUUCUCCUAGCUGGGAGAAGUUCCAAGCACGGCUCGACCUCCCACGCAUCACGGCGCAUCUCGAACGUAUCAUGUCUACCGACGCCGCAAAGACUUUUAUUGAUUCGGUUACCAUGCUAGUGGGUGAGAGGAUCUUGUUGGGGAUCAAGACGAGACUAGUGGACUCGAGGAGGAAAUGCAUGAAUGAUGCGGAGAAAGAGGUGUUCAAGAGGUUACAGAAGCAAUACAUGGGCAUUUUGAGAGCGUUUUAUGAUAGGGAUAUGAAAGUUGAUCAGACGUGGACUUAUUAUCUGAUGAAUGUUAUCUAAACGACGUUCUAACGAAAUGGGAUAGAGCAAGUCGGAUUUGGAGUUGGGGUGUUGGGAGUCUGAGAUGGAUGAUGUAGAUGGAAAUGGAAAUGGUCUAUGGUUGUGACACGAUAGGAGUUCUCGCUACUACUGCGGCAUCAACAUGGAUUGAAGGCAGAAGGGAUAUCAAAAUGGCAUUGUUUCACAGCGAGUUUUGUAGGAUACCAAGUGCGCGCGCACUCAUUUUCAUGGAAUGGUC